UAGUCGUUUCGAGGCAGUCGCUCGCGGCUUCAACCCUCGUACGGCCGCCGCGUUGUCCCCUUCUUUUCAAAGCCGGCGCCACCUCGAUCCCUCCGUUCGCGAUCUAUAGAUCACAGAUCAUGAAACCAAAAGCCUGAAAGUGCCGCGCAAGUGCUUAACUUAUCAAGUUCUCCAAUAAUAAUUCAAAGAUCGAGCCCGCGAAAAUCAAGUUUUAAGUUUACCCUUUCGAACGAGUAAACAAGUGCGCGAGAUUUGAACAAGAAGGGAUGGAUCCCUGAUUAAAGUUUCUUUCCUGCAAUUCAGUAUUGACUUUACUUGUCUAAAAAGGAAGUUCAGUUUCAUCGCAAAAAAGGAUCUUUGGCUUAUCUGUUGAAAUUGGUUUCUUCUUAAUUUAACUCUCUAAUUUAGUUGUUUCAUUAUUUUGACCCCUCUAACAGUUUUAUUUCCCCUUUUUUUGAUUUCACUUUUUUCAUUUCAUUUUCCUCCUUUCGUCUUCGAAUACAAAUUUCGAGAAUGGACGAAUCAAGAGAGGAAAAAUAGUAAUUAAGAAGGUCACGUGUUUUAAAUUGGUUAGGUGAAGUGUGUGCGGUUUCCUUUCGUGUAUAAGGGCUCUCGUUCAUAUGUUAAUUUUUCGAAAAAAGAGCCUUUUUGUAUAAAAAAAGUGCAGUCUUCGAUGUAGCGUGGAUUCGAGUGCAGCCGUCUUUGCCGGGGAUUCCAGAUUGGUACACUCAGAGAAAGAGGAAGUGGAACGACCAGAAGGCACCAGAGGAAGAGAUGGCAUUUCGCGUGCUCGGACUUCUACUUUUCUUGCUCUAUAUUCUCGCCCCGAGUAUCGAAGGAAACACUGAACCGUGGCUAACAGUAACGAAGAGUGCAGAGCUAGGAACGGAAGUUCAGCUGCCAUGCGUUCUCAAACUGCCACAAUGCGUGGGUCUCCACAGCAUCAAAUGGUACCGCGGCAACACAAGAAUUUUUGUUUAUAGCGAUGAUGUCGGUAUCACUCGCGUUAAACCGGAUAUGGACCCGGGGGCGGAUUUGGUGAUUACCAAAAAUGACACGGAAACUUUCUUGAAACUCCCAAAUGUGAAAAUCGCAGAUGAGGGAUUAUACAAGUGUGAGGCUACCUACUUAGCAGUCAAUAGGGAAUGCAACAAUGUCCAACAUAUCACCCUAAACGUCACAGUUCAGCCAGUGUAUGUCCGUGUUAUCGACGAAGACACAAAAGCUACUCUUGAAUCUGGUAAAGUCCUGGGUCCGAUAAACGACGGUAACAAAAUUUCUUUGAGAUGCGAGAGUAGCGAAGGCAGACCUGUUCCAACUGUCGAGUGGUACAAUGGCAACAAACUUCUCGAAUCGGAAACCAUGACGAAAGUUGGAGAAAAUGGAAUCGGCACAGGAAGCAGCCUGUUGAAUCUGCAGGUUACACGCAGUGAAUUAGGCGCCAACCUCACGUGCAAGGUCAGCAGCAGUCUUACUCUUGCUGAGCCUCUCACAAUUGACAUCAAAUUAGACGUUCAUGUGGCCCCGCUGACGAUGAAUAUUCGAAACAACAAACGUGGCCAAGCCGUUCGAGGAUCUCAGGUUUUGUUAGAAUGCUCUGUUGGUGCUGCGAGGCCUGCUGCCAAUGUCACAUGGUACAAUGCAACAACCCCUGUGAGAAACGACAGUAAACGACUCGAUAUGCUUGAAACAAAAAUAAUUGAAAGUGCUGACGGGACGGCGGAAACGAAGAGUUACUUUAUUUUUACAGUAACGGAAUACGAUAGUGGAAUCCCAUUUAGUUGUCAGGCUGAGAAUUCGGUCAUGUUAAAAGAGGGUAUGAAACCCUUGAAAGAAACAACAACAAUCGAAGUCUUGUAUGAACCGCUAAUUACAAUAAAACCAAGCAAUAUAACUGUAAAUGAAACAGAGCAGUUCACAAUGUUUUGCGAGUAUGUUGCAAAUCCAGCAGCAUUAACCAAUGUGAGAUGGCUAAGAGAUGGAGAGGAAAUUGCAUUAGAUCCAUCAGAAUAUGAUGGAGGUACCAUACAAAAACCAGAUCUUACUGUAAAAAAUUCCACUUCCGAGGAUAUGGGGAACUACACUUGUGUACUGGAAAACACAGUCGGCAAGGGCAACACAUCGGAUUUUGUUGAAGUUUCGGUAUUUUAUAAGCCUGAGGUGGAAGUUUCUAUGGAACCAAGAGGUCCUAUUAAUGAAACUGACCGUGUGAACGUUUCUUUGAUUUGUGAUGUCAACGACGGAAAUCCGAAGACCUUGAUUGCUGUCCGUUGGUAUUUGGAUGGAGAACUCCUGAAGGAACUUCCGGAUUGCGCUAGAAACACGACUCUAGUAACCGCCGAUGAAAUAGCCACCUUCUGCGACAUUGAUCCAAGCAAAUUGCUCCUGGAGGCAGUCGGCAGAUCAUUUCAUGGAAACUAUUCCUGCGAGGGCAGAAAUGAAGCUGGUUGGGGUCCCGUAUCUUCUAUCACACCAGUUGUUGUAAACUAUAAGCCAGGACCAGCCAUGAUAUCAUACGAGCCCCUCAGAGUUAUUAAGAAACAGAGUUUAACCAUUACCUGUUCUGUUGAAGAUCCAGGAAGACCUGAAAUUACAGGUUUUAAGUGGAUGCGUGGAUUACAUCGACUCCCAGAUGAAAAUGAAGCAGUGCUUAAAAUCGACUCUGUGAAUCUUGAAACUGAAGCCAAUUUUACUUGUAUGGCCUACAAUUCAGCUGGUGAUGGUGAUCCUGCGUCUACUUUUAUUGACGUGCAAGCUCCUCCGGCAUUCAUCAAGAAAUUGCCUCCUUACGUUGGUGUCGCGUACAACGCUUCUAAUGUGAGCAUCGAAUGCAUAGUUGAAUGUGCUCCAAUCUGCAAUAUUUCUUGGAGAAAAGGCGAAAAUUUUAUAGACUUUUCAGAAUCGAAACAAUACUCCGUUUCGAAUGUUCACCGCCAACAUGAUCUACGAACAUUUGAUUUCGAAAGCAUUCAAUCCAUUUUAAUUUGGAAUCUCUCUGCUUGGCCAAAUGGUCAACUGGAUAGGAUAGAGGACAAUGGAAAAUACACCUGCGAAAGCACUAGUAAUAGUGUUGGAAGAGCUGUAAAUAGCAAUACUACUUUCCAAGUAGAAUAUCCACCUGAGAAUCUGACAAUCUCUAAAAGUGUAGUAAAUGUUGUCGUCGACCAUAUACCAGAGAAAAUAAGCUGCGCAGCUAAGGCUUAUCCAGAACCACAAUUCGAGUGGUAUCGUGAAGGAUCUAACGAAAUUUUAGGAACUUCAAACACGCUCUCAUUUGAACAUGCAUUUCCAAAAAGAAGUAAUGGCACUUAUUACUGCCAAGUUAAAAAUCGUCAAGGAGUUCGAAAUAUAUCUACUUAUAUAAAUGUUCAAUACAAACCCGAAUGUCGAAUUGAAAGAGAACGAGAUGAUAGUCAAGAUUACGUCGUUUGUUCAGCCGAGUCGAAUCCAAAGGAAUCUGAUUUUACUUGGACGUUAAAAGUUGGGAACGAUACUUUCGAUCAAACUGCUGAAAUGCGCAACGGAAAAAGUUAUAUUUUCUUAGAAGAUGUUAACAAAUUUCGAACUUACAUUUGCGUCGCAAACAACACUAUUGGCUUUUCAAGCCAGUGCGAACUCGACGUUCCAGCCCGCCUGGGAUAUGACGGAAGUGCUCCCUGGUGGCUUCGAAUAUUAGAGAUGCCCACUCUGGCCAUCAUCGUUGCAGUUGUUAUACUAAUUGCGAUCAUCAUUGCCAGCACUGUCAUCUUCAUAGUUUGCCAUCGCAAGCGCACCCCUGGGAAAUACAGUAACCGGGUGGUCGAACUGGAAGAGCGUGAACAUCCUGACGGUGGACCUCCGAGUCCUACAGCGUCUUCGUACUCGACACAAAGCCCGAAUCAUCCCAGUCAUCCCACACCCGCUCCGAGGUGGCCCCUCAAACCCGGCGUUCUCGUGCACGUCAAUCGCACUCAUAGUCUCAGAUCAGGCUUGAGCUCUCGAUCCAAUCAUGCAUUGAGGAUCCACUCGGACACUUCCUUGAGCAAGCCAUUUACCUCGGAGAGAUGUCGCACAGAUUCGAGUGUUAUGAGAACGCCGGUUAGGCCAUUCCGUCGUGGAAAGGACGCCAACCGACAAAGGACAAUGAGCGUCUCCGGCAUGCAAGACGACGGUAUGUUCGCCAGAGCAAAUAAGAUAAGAGCCAUUUUCAAUGCCCAACUCAACAAGGAAACGGACACAUUUCCCGGGAUAUCCAGAGGAAAAUCAGCCGUGACUUACAAGAGAAUAGCACCCCGACAGCGGAUCAUCCACGAUACUCUGAUGAAGCCACCUGACCUGACCAACUCCAGGCCCAACAUAUCGCGUAAGCGUAAAAAACCUGGUUCAGAUCCGAAUCAAGUGACAAAUGCCAACCAUAUGGACAGUCUAUCGGAAGGACAUCCCGAUUCCGAUACGAAAACAUUUUACGAAAAUUUGCCGUUCCAUGGAAUACAGACUCCGCCUAACAAGUUGGUUUCCCCUAAGUUUGCCCAAGUUUCGGCUUUGCAUGGCACGUUGCAUUCAACCACAACCUCGCCAUGUUCCUCGCGGCCGCUAAGCAGAACGACCAGCCUCUGCGGUGGCAGUUCCGGCUACGAAUCCACGAGAAGUCACCUGGGUCCGCACUACAGCGUUCAUAAUAUGCCUCGCAGCAAUUCUCCUGAACCAAAAUACAACACCCUGAAACCUCGUCGCAGGAAGCACCGGCAAUCUCAAUUCUACUCUCUAAGACUCUGCCGGAAGCACGAGGCUGCCCAUCGUAACUUUCAGGUGUAUGCAAUUCCAAUUUACAGAAGUUGUCCACACAAAAAUGGCAGCACGAGUACAAUUGCCACUUCAGUUAGAUCUGGCGAAUGCACCCCAACGUCAACUCUGACUCGAUCAUCUCGAGAGACAAUCAAGUCCGAAAUAAUCAAGACUGAAACUAUCAGAACGGAAACGAUCAAAUCGGAACGAAGCAAUUCAGUGAGUUUCAAUUUGGAAUGUGUUAGUUCAGCACGAAUUAAUUCGGAAGCGAUCAAGUCAACGAGGAAGAUGACGACAACUACAACGAUUCCUCCAAUUCCGGCACCCAGAACGAGAAAAACCAAUCCCAUCGAACACACUUACCAAAACAUUCCCCCUCCCGUCUUCCCUGAGAAAAGCACCACCGCCUCCAAGCUCAAGGUUUGUCGCCCGCUAAUAUUAGAUGGAAGAAAAACCAACAACAGCAUAUGCGACUACAAAGAGCACUAUCAGCAGCAGCAGCUCCAGCAGCAGGAAAUGCAACAGUACGGCUAUUCUAUGCCAAGCAACAGUUCCAACCAACUAACCCUGCCACUAACUCGAAGCCUCUACCAUUCCUCCGUAGUUAGUCCCCUGCAGACCUCCUAUGUUCAAACUAACAACCGGCACUCCCUGAUCCACCCCGACGGGAGUGCCAGCGUUCCCCUUUCCUUGGUCCACGGUGACGAACUCGAUCUCACCUACGAUCGUCAGCAUUCCAACUCAACGGGUAGACGUAACGAUAGAAGAAAAUACCGGAAACACGGAAGAAGCGAUCGCAAACAAAAGAGGCGAUCAGAGUCUCGAAGACACUCUAACGACAACCAUUGCGAGACAAGCUUCAGUCGGGUCCAGGAAUUGGGGAUACCGGAAAGUUACAAAAUCUCGUAUCCCCAUUAUUACGAGGACGCGAUAACGGAGUGUCCGGCCGAUUAUCCAAGGCCGAAUUUAAUUUCCCAGCAGCAACGCGAUCUGGAAACAAAUCGGUAUCCUGGUAAUGGUGGCCCAGGUAUGCAUUACGCCGAUCUUAGCCUGACCAAAAACCGGGACAAGGCGACGAAGAGGUACCCGACGGGCUCUCGAGACGCUCGGUCGCCCUCAACGCCUUCAAUCACCCAGUACGCCGAACUCCACUUUCGCGAUGUCGGUCAGGAGAUCGACGUUUAAAGCCUUUCAAGCCGGAAUUUUCUGACCUGGAUUACGCAGACGUCGACUACCGAUCAUAUGGGCCUAUAAACUAUAAAGCUGCCAGUAUCGCUCUGCUGCAGAAUCGGAAACAACAAC